GACUAAACCUUAUCCACCAAAUCUUCACCAAACUCAUAAGCUCAUAACCUAACUUGGAGAAAGAAGACAAGAGAAAAAAUCUGAAAAUGAAAUCAAUUAAGGAUCUGAGUCAUCAUCUUAUCCACUGAGUUUAUAAUUCAUCAUAAAAAAAUGAAAUAUUCUCCAACAUGUUCUCAUUCUAUGUAGUUUCGGACUAUGGACGUGGCAUGGCAUUGUCAACGCUAGAAACUUGGACAGUUUUGGUUGCAACUUUGUGUUUACUUGUGUUUAUUCUGCAAGAGAUUCUUAUGGGAGGGAAUACUUCAAAAGGGUCUUCUUCACCUAGAAGGAGACAUGUUCCUUCCUAUGAAUAUGAAUCUUCAGGUUCUUCAUCUUCAUGGAAUAAUAACUAUGAUGGAUAUCCACCACAGUCACCACAUCCUCAGCAGAGUCCUUAUCAUACACCUCACCAUCAGUUUCCAUCUGCAUCAGCUCCAUUUUAUGAUAAUUCACAGCAAAAGAAGAAGUUGGAUAAGAGGUAUUCAAGGAUUGCUGAUGAUUAUCAUUCACUGGAUGAGGUAACUGCUGCUCUUGCAAAUGCUGGGCUGGAAUCAUCUAAUCUCAUUGUUGGCAUUGAUUUCACAAAGAGCAAUGAGUGGACAGGGAAGAGUUCAUUCAAUCGGAAAAGUUUACAUCACAUUGGAACUGGUCAAAACCCUUAUGAACAAGCAAUAUCUAUUAUUGGGAAAACUCUAUCUACUUUCGAUGAAGAUAACUUGAUUCCAUGUUUUGGUUUUGGAGAUGCAUCUACACAUGAUCAAGAUGUAUUUAGCUUCUAUUCAGAAGAGAGGUUAUGUAACGGGUUUGAAGAAGUUCUGGCACGAUACAGAGAAAUUGUUCCUCACCUCAAACUUGCAGGACCGACUUCGUUCGCCCCGAUUAUUGAGAUGGCCAUAACUAUUGUCGAAGAAAGUGCUGGCCAAUAUCAUGUUCUGCUUAUAAUUGCAGAUGGACAGGUGACGAGAAGCAUCGAUACAGAAUAUGGCCACCUAAGUCCACAGGAACAGAAGACAAUAAAUGCAAUCGUAAAAGCCAGUGAGUAUCCGCUGUCGAUAGUUUUGGUAGGAGUUGGAGAUGGACCGUGGGAGAUGAUGGAGGAAUUUGACGAUAACAUUCCUUCUCGAGCAUUUGACAAUUUUCAGUUUGUGAAUUUUACUAAGAUAAUGUCGAAAAAUGUAAAUCCAUCCCGAAGAGAGGCGGAGUUUUCUCUUGCAGCUUUGAUGGAGAUACCUUCUCAAUAUAAGGCAACCAUAGAUCUUGGCUUAUUGGGUUUGCGGAGGGGUUAUUCACCGGAUAGGGUUCCUCUACCCGCUCCCCUUUAUAAUAGGACUUCCUCCAAUAUCAGUGGAAAAUCUUUUCGGUCAAACAGUUUUCAGCCGAAUGUGCGUAGAGGUACUGGCUAUGAAUAUGAUAGCGGUGCUCACAAUCACACAGAACCAUCUACAAGCUCUUUACAUGAUAAUAAGGUUUGCCCGAUUUGUCUUACCGAUGCAAAGGAUAUGGCCUUCGGUUGUGGACAUCAGACUUGUUGUGGAUGUGGAGAAGACCUUGAAUUCUGUCCAAUUUGCAGGAGCACAAUCACUACUAAGAUAAAGCUUUACUAGAAAUAUAUGCUGCUUUUAAUGAAAUUUUUAUUCAUUAGCAGAAUAAGGUUAGAACAUCAAAGUAAGGAAGACAUUUUGUUUAUAUUAGAUUUAAAUAAUGAGUUUUACCCUGUUGUAUAUAUGUGCCCUGUCCUCUUGUGUGCAUUGAGGGCAUCAUGUUUUUCAAUUUUCAGUAAACCGUCUCUGUAAAAACUCCAGAUUGUUUCAGUGGACA